GAAGAGUAAGUGUGGCUUGUCUAAUGCAUCCAUCUUGUUUUCUUUGUAUGUCUUUGUCCUUUGGUCUUCUCUCUUUUUUGAUCACUUAAAACAAAGCUGGAUAAGAGUUUAUGAGCUCGUCGGAGUUUUCACACUGACAAUAGCAUCAAACGUCGAAUUUCGUCACUCUGGCAACAACCCAUCAUCAUUUUCCACCAUAUACGGAUUUGUAAACCUCACCACAGCUGUGACUUGAGGACAUAUGGACCGAGUUCUCUGAGCGUUUCAACAACAUGAUCUAGUGUCGACAAAUAUGCACAUCAAUGCGAGGAGUCAUUUUCUUAUCAUACACGAAAAGACAGAGAAGGAAAAUAAAAUGUCAACAGUAUAUGAGGCAUGCUUCAGCCAACAGCUUGAAAAGAAGACGCCGGUACUGGAAUCUAUGUACUGUUCCCAUAACUGGCUUUUAUUCUUUUUUGGCCACGAAUUCUUUGACGGUGGUGAAUGGGGCUGAAACCCAAAAAUGUUCUCCGAUGUUUGUUGAUGCUGCGAAAUGUUGCAGGAACAAUGAUCCAAAAUAUUAGUUCACUUGGUGUCACAUAACGUCAGAGAGUGAGCUGACAAUUUUUUUUUAAAAAUUCUGCAUUAUGCUCUAAGCAACGGAAUGACUAAAAUGUCAUGUCAUAAAAUAUUGAAAGAAAAGCUGAAAGUCAUUCAUUACAGUGUCAUCAAAACAUGAAUAGAUCCAACCAACAGAAAAUACUGUCAAAAGAGAAAACAACGUGACACUGCUUAUGUCGUUUGAGUAUGUGGUCACCAUGGAUGAUGCGAUUGGGAAAAAAAAAGUUAAAAUAUA